AUGGAGUAUAAUAAAGCAGUAGAAGGAUUCAGGAAGCAUGAAUAUCCCAUGCUCAAAGAUGCCGUUUACCUUGAUCAUGCCGGUACAACCCUCUACUCGAAGUCCCUCAUGGAGAGAUAUAUGGUGGAUAUGAUGUCGAAUUUAUAUGGAAAUCCACAUUCCGCCUCCACAUCCUCGCAAUUGUCGACUUCGCGCAUCGAGAAUACCCGUCUGAAUGUUUUGCGGUUCUUUAACGCCGAUCCAGAAGACUUCGAUGUUGUGUUUGUGGCGAAUGCCACGGCUGGAAUCAAACUUGUUAUGGACGCCUUCAGGGGCCAAGAAGAUGGAUUCUUGUAUGGAUACCAUCAAGAUUCGCAUACUAGUCUCGUUGGAGUGCGAGAGGAUGCCAUGUCAAGUCGUUGUCUCGAUGAUGACGCUGUGGAGUGUUGGCUAUCUGGAUCAGAACCUCUUGUCAGAAAAGUAGAUGAUUCUGAGAUUGGCCUUUUCGCAUACCCAGCACAAUCAAACUUAGAUGGUCGACGUCUACCACUGUCUUGGCCAGAAAGAGUCCGAAAUCUUAAUUAUGAAACCCAGGCAACUACAUAUACAUUAUUAGAUGCCUCUGCUCUAGUUUCUACUUCUCCACUAGACUUGAGUGAUAUUCGUAAGGCACCUGAUUUUACGGUCCUUAGUUUCUACAAGAUAUUUGGAUUUCCUGAUCUCGGUGCAUUGAUAGUGCGUAGAGAAUCUGGAGCGAUCCUUCAAACCAGAAAAUACUUUGGAGGUGGAACUGUCGAAGUAGUAGUGUGUCUGAAAGAGCAAUGGCAUGCUCCGAAAGGGCAGUCCUUGCAUGAAACUCUAGAGGAUGGUACUCUGCCUUUCCAUGACAUCAUGGCACUGGAAGCGGCAAUCGAUGUUCACAAAUCAUUGUAUGGUUCCAUGGAACGUAUUGCAAAUCACACCACAUUUCUCGCACAAAAAUUGUACGAAGGUCUGAAGUCACUAUGGCAUGCUAACUCCGAACCGGUCUGUAUAAUCUAUUCCCCUGGCUUCUCCUCCGAAACCUCCUCCAAAUUACAAGGACCUACAAUAGCGUUCAACGUCAAAAAUAGUUUCGGGGCGUGGGUGACUAAUGUUGAGUUUGAGAGGUUGGCUUCGAUAAGGAAUUACCACAUUCGAACCGGUGGUCUUUGUAAUCCUGGUGGUGUUGCAUCAGCACUGGAGCUUCAACCAUGGGAAACGAAAAGAAAUUUCUCGGCUGGUCUACGAUGCGGUGGAGAGACCGACAUCUAUGCGGGCAAAAUAACGGGUGUUAUUCGUGUGAGCUUAGGAGCCAUGAGUACGAUGAGCGAUGUUGAGUCGUUUCUUUCAUUUGUGGAUGAAUUCUUUGUGGACCACACAGCUGUAUCCACCGAUGAGGAAACCGAAAGUCACAAAUCGGUUGACAUGUAUGUCGAAAGUCUUACAAUUUAUCCAAUCAAAAGUUGUGGUGGCUUUGAGAUUCCGAAGGAAACUGCUUGGGAAGUUAGGCCCGAAGGUCUUGCUUGGGAUAGGGAAUGGUGUCUUAUUCAUCAAGGUACUGGACAAGCAUUAAGUCAAAAACGUUAUCCUCGAAUGGCUCUCAUCAGACCAACAAUCGAUUUUGAUCUGGGGUUGCUGAAGGUUCGGUAUCAAGGAUCAACCUUCCCUAAUUUGACGGAUGAAAUCAAUGUCUCUUUGUCAUCUGACCCGUCAUUUUACAAAAAUCCAAAUAACAUUCAUUCAUUGGCAUCAAGGGUCUGUGGAGAUGCUAUCGCGGCACAGAGUUACUCUAAUCAUGAAAUUAAUGAUUUCUUCUCCAAGAUCCUAGAGGUACCUUGUGUUUUGGCAAGAUUUCCUGCUGGCGGUAGUGGUCCUUCUUCGAGACAUGCAAAGGCGCACAUGCAAAAGCAUCAAGGACCAAAACGUUCGGUCGCGAUUGAGAAAUCGAGUACUCACUCCUUCCACGAUCCCCCAACACCACCGGAUUCCGAUAGUGAGAAUCGAAAACGCCCAAUUCUUCUAUCGAAUGAGAGUCCCAUACUUGCCAUCAAUCGAUCCAGUAUCAAUAUGCUAAAUGAAGAAAUAGCUAAGAGUGGAGGUAAACUUGCUUCAGCCUCUGUCUUUCGAGCAAAUAUUGUACUAGCGUCAACCAAAUUAACCGAUCGCCAUCAUCCGUAUAGUGAAGAUCAUUGGAGUACUUUACACAUUGGUUCAGAAACAUAUCAAAUGCUAGGAUCUUGUAGGCGUUGUCAUAUGAUAUGUGUUGAUCAGGAUACUGCUGAAAAGAACGAAGAACCUUUUGUUACGCUGGCAAAAACACGAAGGUUCGAGUCUAAGGUUUUCUUUGGUUCUCAUAUGUGUCAUGUUCCUUCGUUGUUACCUCAUAAAGAACAUCAAUUUCCAAUCAUCAAGGUGGGAGACAAGGUUUCUAUUGGGCUAUGA